AUGAGCAAGGAAAAAAGGUCUGAUCCUAUGGAAGAUGUCUUGACCCAAAUCACGGAUCCCAACGUUGCAUUUGAAACUGUAACAAAUCGAAACAUCUAUUUAUCUAACCUCAAGCAUGUAAUUAAAACUGUCCCAAACCAAAGACAUAUGCCUCUACAGCUGUGUAUAAUUAAUGCAGUGACAAGCUUCCACAUCAACUUGAGAAGCAAUUGGGCUCGAGCUAAGAUUGGAGAACCUGCAAGAGUAAAGUUACCUAAAACCAGGUCGUCUUCCCAUACAAUCAUUAGUGCUAUAUCCUGCUCGAGUGUCAUCAAUGUCGCUUUGAAUAAGCUGCCACCUAAAAAUGUAUGGGAAAAUAAGAGUAGCCCGACAGCUGUGCAGAAGAAGAGAAAAGUAAGCAAGUGGAAGAAAGGAACUGCAAAGUAUUUCAUCAUGAAAGAACCAACUGUAGAGUAUAUGGACAUUGUGGACGCUACAGCUGAAGGUAGUGCUGCUCCAGUAGAUAAAUGUACAACUACAGGCCAUUUCAUCAAAUUGAUGAAUGAAGUCCUUGAUAUUACGUAUCAUGACGAGGACUUUAAAAACCAUUACCUAGACAUGGACAAUUGUACAAUACUUAAAACAAAACCAGUGAUCAGAAAAAUUAAGAGCAGAGGAUACAGGGUUAUGUAUUUAUUGUCUUACUCCCCUGAGCUGAACCCUACUGAGAAAUUCUAG